UGCCUGGCUGCCGGGCCGAGGGCAGCUUUCCAAGCACCUGUCUGUUCCGUGGGCGGUGGCGAUGACUCCGCUCGCCACCGCUCCCCUCGGGGUGUUGCAGUGCGGCUGCCUGCUGGCAGCCCGGCCAGGAACCGCUGGAGGAGGCACGGGAGGAAUUUAAAGUGCUUCUGCUGUUCACUGAACUGGAAGCAAGGGAAAGUCUCAGGGUGUGAAGAUCCCUACAGUGAAAAUCCUUGGAAAUGCUUCAGUAUCAUCCUCAUGCUUAAUAAAACAGAGCCGUUUUCAGGACAGCAAAGGGAGGAGAAACAGCUUUGUGUGCUUCAUGGGUCAGAUGUCAUUCAUAUAGCUGUGGAAGGCUUUAUCAGCUCUUGAGAAAACUUUCCCCUGCACAUAUAUUCACAUCACUCAAGCCUGGAGCUGUGGUGGAGGAAAAUGGAGCCUGUAAAUCUCCUGUCAUUUGCCUCCAUAGAAAUGAAUAGUACAACUAUCACUGUGGCUUUGCUGGUGGUCUUCCUAGUCCUGCUGUAUUGGUACUCCACCUCUGCAUUCUCCAAGCUAAGCAAAGUUGGUAUCCGACAUCCUCCUCCUCUUCCUUUCAUUGGAAACCUGCUCUUUUUCCAUGAGGGCUUCUGGGAAAACCACACAAAACUCAUAAAAGAGUAUGGACCUGUUUGUGGGUACUAUAUUGGUCGCCAGGUCUUUGUGGUGGUCUCCACACCGGAGAUGAUCAAGCAAAUCUUAGUGACAGACUUCAGUAACUUCACCAACAGAACUAGGCCGAAUUUGAUUUCCAAGCCCAUGCUUGACAGCAUCCUUUGCCUUCGUGAUGACAGAUGGAAAUAUGUCCGGAGUCUUCUCACCCCAGCCUUCAGUGAUACCAAAAUGAAAGAGAUGACACCGCUACUAAACCAGGCCUGCGACGUCCUGCUGUGUAACUUGAAAGUCUAUGCAGAUUCUGGCAAAGCUUUUGAUAUCCAGAGGUGUUACAACUGCUUUACCUUGGAUGUUGUUGGUAGUGUAGCUUUUGGUACUCAGGUGGAUUCUCAGAAGAAUCCCGACGACCCCUUUGUUAAGAAUUGCAGAACAUUCUUUGAAAUGUCUUUGUUUAAGCCUCUCCUCAUUCUAAUGCUUUCUUUCCCAUUCAUAAUGAUCCCAUUGCUCCGGAUUUUGCCAAACAAGAAACAAAAGGAACUGAAUGGUUUUUUUAUCGAAACCAUAAAAAAUGCAAUUGCCUUCAGAGACCAGCAAGAUGCAGUUGAGAGGCGCAGAGAUUUUCUUCAGUGGAUGCUCGACUGCCGUGACUCAGCUGACUCCCUGUCACCAGGGGGUUUGGGUGGGAUGAGUCCAUCUGCUGGUUCCAAGCAGGUUGAGGCACCUGUUGCUGGCAGGGCCCCAUCUGUAAAGGUUCAGAAGACAUUAACAGAGGAUGAGAUAGCAGGCCAAGCUUUCCUUUUCCUGAUCGCGGGCUAUGAGACCACCACUAGCACGCUGGCCUUUGCCACGUACCUGCUAGCCACCCAUCCAGAGUGCCAGGAGAAAGUGCUUCAGGAGGUCGAUGAGUUCUCAACAAAACAUAUGGUCCCUGAUUAUCAAAAUGUGCAAGAACUCCCUUAUCUGGACAUGGUGAUUGCAGAGACACUGCGCUUGUACCCACCUGCAUUCAGGUUCACUCGGGAAGCAGCUAAAGACUGCGUAGUGCUGGGGCAGCAUAUUCCAGCUGGGGCUGUCAUUGAAACUGCAGUUGGACAUCUCCACCACAACCCUGAGUUCUGGCCAGAGCCUGAGAAGUUCAUUCCUGAGAGGUUUACAGAGGAGGCCAAGAAGGAACGACAUCCCUUUGCAUACCUGCCCUUUGGGGCAGGACCCCGUGGCUGCAUGGGCAUGAAAAUGGGCUUGCUGGAGACAAAAAUUACUUUGCUGAGGAUCUUGCAGAAAUUUCAAUUUAAGACCUGCCCAGAGACUGAGAUCCCUUUGCAGCUGAAAUCAAAAGCCACACUUGGACCAAAAAAUGGAGUCUACAUAAUCCUAGAACCUCGCUAAAAGGAAAUGUACAUCCUGAAGACUACUGGGAUUGGACCCUUUGUUCAGUGGCUCGCUGUGUAUAACUCUUUCUCAAAACCCCAAAGACAGGUAGGAACCUAAGUCCCACUGAUGGUCAGCAGGUGCUGCCUCACUGCUCACCUGUGGGACAGUCACUUUUUUAGAUUGGACAUGGGCUCCAGAGUCUUUCUGGUGGUUUUCUAAUAGCUCUGAACACCAUCUGUACAGAAGCAUACCACUUUCAAUUGCUUUUUUACAUUACACUUUUUUUUUACUCAUCUUUGAGAUUGCUUUCUUCAUGCUCACGUUCAAUAAAUGGAGCAGAUGUUAAAUGUACAUGCAAUUUUCAAUAGAUUUUAAUCACAAUUCAUUAUUUCACACAUCAUUCUCAUGCAUUUAAAAGUCUCUUCUCUAGAAGAAGCCCCAGAGGAACCACAGUUAUAACAGAAGACCCAUGAUCCAGUGCAUUGGAUUUGAUCAUGAACUAUGUUAGAAAUCAAAGCUGAGUGUCCUGCACAAUGCUUGUUCUCUCUCUGUGUCUGUAAUGUGGAAUCAGUUGCUCCUUCUUCAUGAUUUUUAAGUGAUUUGAAAUGCAAUCAGAUUGAGAAUUUGCACUUGGCACAUUGCAUCGUCUGAAGAGGCACGAAGAAUUCCUCUGCUUGCCAUUUAAGUGAGUAGCAAAGACCAAAGAAAUGAGGUAACAGCCAUUUUGCUCUGAUACUGAACUGCUGGUGGAAAGGUGGAGCAAAAGAAGGCACAAAUUUAAAGAAAGCAGGACUGGAGGAGGUUUUUGGGUAAUCAAAAGGUGUUGGUACAACAUCUGCUUCAUGUUGAGGCCUUUCCAAGCAUUACAGUUAGCACCAUCUUUGUUUAGCUCAUCAACUCCAAGAAAUUAAAAGUGCCUCAUGGACAAAGGCCAUGGCAAAGGAGUGGGAUCCAGGACCAUCAGUCCCAGCAGCAAUCUUGAUUCCUAAUGUGACUCUGGAUCAGGUCAUAUCCCAAGUGCCUCAGUCCACUCAGGAAGGAACUUGUCUGGUUGGCAGCACCCACAAUCCAUUCAUGCUGACUGACUAAGCACAUGCAUCUUCACAGUGCACUUGCACUCUUUACAUUCCCUCCGUGCUCUUUCUUAUUCCCCUACAAACCCCUUCAAUCACCACACAGCUGGUGGAGCAUCACACAGCAGUGUUCAAAUGACUAGAAAAAAAAAAAAAAUUCCUUCAGUGGGCACUACAAGUUGUCUGGCUGUAAAACAAAACUGUAGAAGAUCAGAGAUGGUCUCAGUCUCAGGGUCCCUUUUUUUUUAAUUGUUUUUUUUCAAGUUUUUAUAAGUGGCAUAAAUUCUCUUAGCCCCAUAAAAAUAUGGAAGAACCUUUUAUUUCUUUGCAAGUACUGACCUGCUGCCUGCUGAUACACUCUGCUCAAGGUUUCCUUAGGUACUGCAUCUCACCAGGCUGUAUGCACAGAGAAGUGUCAUGGCAGCAGGAGGCUGAGGCUGACUGCUCAGCUUCACUGCAAGGAUUGCUGGAAGGAGCCAUCUGCUCACUGAUCCUUAGCUGGUUCCCUAGUUUUAAUCUGGCAAGAACCUUUUGCUGCUUUCUUCUCACAUGCUGCCUUAACACUGAUGAAAUUACUGUAUCUUGCUCCUGGAAGAUUUUUUUUUUCUUUCUCUUUCAUGGGAUUUUUUAAAAUUACUUUUAUUUUUUUUAACCAGAACUGUACAGGUAGCAGUGGUUAAGUACUGCCCUGGAACUCUUGGAAGUUUUCCUGUUUCCAUGGAGCAUCUCUGGCAUGCUAAACAGAGGUGCCCUUUUAGAGAAACACUGAUUAUAAAAAUUACUGACAGAGUGAUUGUUAUUUAUCUGAAAAGCAACACACUGUUUCUACAGGUUACCCACCAUUUUUCCCCUCUUGAAAAUAGUGUGCUGGCAGCUGAUUUUCUGUACAGCUUCUACUUAUAGCUGGCAAAAAGUUGGAUGGACCUUAACUAAAAACUUCUCACAUACCUGAAAGAGCAGGAAGCUGCCAAAGGCUUGUUUGCCCCUUCAAAAUUUUACACUGUUUUUCUUUCUUAUGUGAAUUAGUAGGUCUGGGGGUGCUUCCUUUUCAAUUAGAUAUUCCAAGCCUAAAUCAAGCUUGUGCUUUUCUUCCAUAUGCUUUUGUAUGGACUCUUCUACAGCUGCCUGAAUGCUGUUGAUAUCCUCAAUAUUUAUCCAUGAAAAUGUCAGUAAUAAGUAGAGUAGUUUAACAACUCACAUUUCUGGGUCUGAACAGAGCAUUAGCAUCUUGAAUGCCAUGUUGGCUCCACUGGUAGUACUGCACAGCCUGCAACUGUGCAUCGUGUUUUACAGGCUUGGAAAUUGCACCAAGAGUCUUUUCCAGCUGCUUCUAAGUUUGAUGCAGACAGUACCUGAGCAAGUAAACUCACUUGAGUCUGUGCUAGCUAUUUUUUUUUUUCCAACUGUUCUGCAAGCUUUUCUGUUUAAGUAUUAGCCAUUUUCACCUGUCAGUUUGUAGUGGUAUGGGACUACAGCUCUGGGCCAAGUCAUAUUUCUGAAAGUCCAUUGUCCUUUCUUCUAUGUGCAGGCCUAGUGAGACAGCUAGAAAAGUAAGGUGGCUGCCAGCUUUCCAGAAAUAAAAUCAAGAGCCCCAAGCCAUUUCAUCCUUUUAAACAACAGCUGCUGAUAGAGUCACCACACACUGCACAGACAUUUUACCAGGACACUUAAUGAUGCUGGCCCUUGCUCUGGCUGUGUGGGCUCAGCAACAUACCUAAAGAGUGAGUUGUCUUGAGGGUCUGGCACUGCUCUAGCCCCCUGGAAGCACACAGGUGGAAAAAGCAGGGCACGAGACUCAAAGCAGCUCUCCAAAACAGAAGCUGAUGUUAAUCACAGUGUUUGUGCACCCAUAUCACACAGUGCCAAACUGAUCCUGAGCAGAGUUGGCUUAAGGAUUCAUAAACCCCCUCCCCCCAAAACCAAAUCCUAUAAAGGGAAAAAAAAAGGCAUUAGGUUUAUCAUUGCAAGAUCAAAACAUAACUUCAUAUCCUUCAGUUAUGGUAACUAUUGGCAUGGCUGGUACAGCAUGCUCCAGUCAACAGCACUUGACUGUGGGGAGAAACAAGGAAGCUGAUGUAAAAUAAUUUCUCUUCUCAGAAACAAUGUGUGUUUUCUUGCAUUGCUGAGCUCUGAGUUUCUUUAAAAUUGGGCGUGUCUCUUUCACAAAAAGGUCGUAGUCAUUCUCUGGCAGAUGACAUAAAGCAAAGGCUGCUUGGUAAAGGAAAGCUUCUAUUAAAAAUAUACUCUAGGACUUCGCAAUGAUUACAGAAAGCUGUCAGUAUAAAAUGGUAUUUUUAAUCAGACUGCUGAUACAGAAAACCUUUACAGUUUUGUACUUUAUAAAUAGCAUUCCUAAAAAAAACUAAGCUGGGUUUUAGAAAAUAUUAAGCUUCACUGGUUUCAAAUUUGAAGUGUCUGUUCUUACCUGGAAUUAAACUGCAGAAUUUCCUUUGUGUGUGUGAUACUUUCCAAAAGUACCAUCUUCUCA